ACAGGCUGUGCUGAGGAUAUAGAAUCUGGUAAUGAUACCGGUGGGUCUGGGACAGCAUCUUUGGGCUCAGCAUGCAGUUCUGACACCUGACUGUUCAGCACCUGCAGGAUGGGUAGGAGCCAAGGUUCCUGGAGGAGGCAGGUGGUCAAAACCAGACUCAAGCCUCUGUCAGCUGGCAGCUUCUCCACCUCACAGCCCCUGCCUGCAUGGAUGCGGUUGUAUUUUUAUGGUAUGCAUGGCCUGACUCUUGAUGUGCUUAGCUCUUGUGCCCGACACUUCUACCGCAGCCAGGACUAUAGCUUGCUGGGCUUUUCUUCACCUUACAGAUGCUUCCUGCAUGCCCUUGCCCACUUUGCCCUGGAGAAGAUAUACCUUCAAAGAAAGAGCUUCUCCGAGAGCCCAUUGGCUUUCCACUUUGUCUUUUACCCAUCUGUGUUCAUGGGCCUGCAGAUCCUAAUCAGAAAGACACUGCUGCAUUGUUGCCCCCAGGAGCCAGGGCUCAGUGCUGCAGAAUUGGGGCUGCAGUAUGUGUUAGCUGUCUAUUACUCACAAGGGUUUUUCAGGAUCUUUUUGAGGCUGCACUAUCAUAGCUGUGAGGGACUGCAGGGAGCAAACUAUAAUGUCACAAAUGGAAUUGUUGCUCAAAAUAAUCUCCCCAUUCUCCUGCGCUUCAUUUUCUAUGGCAUGCAUGGCUUCUUGGAUGAGGUUUUCUUUACAUCCAUCUUUAACCUGCUGGAGAAGCCAGAAAAGAGCAUGAUUGGACACACUUCCCUGUGGUCCUUUUUAAUGUAUGGAAGCUGCAGCCUAAUAGUGGAGAGACUCUAUUUCUACCUGUGUUACUCUAAAGGAUGGGGGGCCUGGAAAAGGCUGCCAGUUUACAUCCUUUUUGUUUACACAUGGGAGUUUUCAUGGGGUUUGGGGCUACGCAUAUGUAAUGCCUGCUCUUGGGAUUAUUCUCACUAUCCUCUGAAUUUUAUGGGACUGGUGACCCUCAUGUAUUUGCCAGGAUGGGUCUUUCUUAGCUUUUAUCAGGACCAAUUAUCUAAGGUGCUGAUGCGAAUAUACUAUACAUAAAUACUCAUAUAGGAAAAACAAGGGAAUGUUUCUAAUUUGUUCAAUUAUACUAUUUCUGUUCUUCAGUGAUGUGUCUUGUCAUUAUGUGAGAAUCCUAAAUAGACUGCUCUGACCAAAGACUGUAAAAGAGGCUAGGAGGUAUUGAAUUGCACAUAACAAAUGACAUGUAUUUACAUAGUCUGGAGGAAGAAAGAAUCUGUUGAAAUUAAAGUAGGUCAUUUAUUCCUGGUUGGCAAGUGCCAAUGUUUACACAAUACAGCCUGGUGGUUAACAAUAUAAUAUAGACUGAUUAUAUUGCUUUUAUUCUGAUUAAAGAUGUAGCAAAGCUUAGCACCAGUUAAUUUCUUGCUAAUUUAACAAGAGUUUUAUCUUUUUCAAAGCUAAAAAUAUCAGCUAUUUUAGAUUUUUCUUUUUAAAUGAAUUAUUGUACUAACAAUGACAAAAUAAUAGUUUUUUACACUGUAAAAUGCCUUUAAAUUUAUGAAUAAUUCAAUAUAUAGACACACAAGGAUGCAUGUAUACACUCACUCAUACACGCAGACAUUUUAUAAAAUAAAAGUACCUUUAUAAA